AUGCACAAGUUGUUCAACAAGGAUUUCUUUAUCGGCCAGCUGUCAAUAGAGGAACUCGAGUGCGAGAAGCACUUUCAAGAAACCCACCGCAGAGACGAAUCCGGACGCUACAUAGUGAGACUUCCAUUGAGGACGUCAUCAGCAGCGCUCGGCAAUUCAAAAAACAAGGCCUCACGCCAGUUAAGAUCAGUCAUCAGCAGGCUCAACAAGGAUCAAGCAUAUUCCCAACUCUACAAGGAAUUCAUCAAGGAAUAUGAAGACUUAGGACACAUGAGGAGGGCGUUAGAAAUUCCAGAACCAUCAACAGCCUACUAUCUGCCGCAUCACGGAGUUUUAAGAGAGGACGCCAUCACAACAAAGCUGAGAGUUGUAUUCAACGGCUCCAGCGCCAGCUCAUCAGGUAUGUCUCUUAACGACAUUUUAUACCCUGGUGUUAAAUUACAGAUCAACGCAAUGAACGUCUUAACCUGGAUGAGAAGACAUAAGCUCGUCUUUGGGACGGACAUCGUCAAGAUGUUCAGACAGAUUAAGGUACAUCAGGACGACUGGGAUCUUCAAAGGAUAUUGUGGAUGGACGACGAUCAACAGGAAAUCACCUUCCAGUUAACCACAGUGACCUACGGUCUCAAUUGUUCGCCCUGGUUAUCACUCAGAGUGCUCCAACAAUUAGCAGACGAUGAAGGACAUCGUUUCCGAGCAGCAGUCGAAGCGAUCACAAGAGGUCGUUACGUCGACGACAUAUACAGAGGGUCCGACUCAGAAGAAGGCCUCAAGGAAAUAGCAGUGCAGCUUCAAGGACUAUGCAAAGCAGGCGGUUUUAAUCUACAAAAGUGGAGCAGUAACUGCCCAGAAGCUCUUCAUCAACUAGGCCUAACAACAGAGAGCAGCCUGAUUCGAUUUGAGGAAUCAGUGACAAAGGUACUUGGUUUGUGUUGGCACCAGUCAACCGACACAUUCAGGUACAAAUCGAGGAAAUUCAACGCAGCUACCAUCACCAAAAGAACAGUGUCAUCGGAGAUAGCUCAGAUCUUCGAUCCAUUGGGAUUCAUCGCCCCGGUGGUAGUACAAGGGAAAGUUCUCCUGCAGGGGCUAUGGAAGCUCAAAGCCAACUGGGAUGAUCCUCUUCCAGAGGAGUAUAAGGAACGUUGGAGGACAUUCCGAGGAGAUCUCACCAACCUAGACAGAGUUACUGUACCCAGGUGGAUACAGUUAUCAUCGAAGACUACCAACAUCCAAAUCCACGGAUUCGCAGAUGCAUCAACGGUAGCCAUGAGUGCAGUGGUCUACCUUAGAACGAGAUCAAGCAACGAGAAUCCAUCAACAACUUUAGUGUGUGCGAAAACCAAGGUCGCACCAAUCAAAAGGAUGACCAUACCUCGGCUAGAGCUCACAGCAGCUCUACUCUUAACCCAGCUAGUGGACUCAACAUACGAGAUGCUUCAACUAGACCGGAAUCAGACGGAAACUUAUCUCUGGUCAGACUCAUCAGUCACACUAGCCUGGAUCAGAAGCCCAGCCUCAAGAUGGAAGGAUUUCGUCCAUAACAGCGUCAUCAAAAUACAGGAAACGCUACCAAAGGCCAUAUGGAGACACGUCAGUGGCAAAGAAAACCCAGCUGACUGUGCCUCAAGAGGAAUCUCACCAAAUGAGUUAGUAGAUCAUCCACUCUGGUGGUCAGCACCAAGCUGGAUUAAUCAGGAUCCAGAAAACUGGCCUCAAUCAACCAUAGACGUAUCAAAAAUGGAUACUCCAGAGGUGGCCAAGGAAGCAAAACCAGUACCAGCACAUCCAGCAAGGAUGAAAAUCAGCAAGGUAGCAGAACUCCUCAACAGAUACAGCAAAAUGGCCAAACUGUUACCAGUAACAGCGACUAUCAACAGAGCGAUAGACAGAUUCAGCCGGCGCCCAACGCCCCCGGGACCUGUCCUGACAACUAGAGAACUAAAUGGAGCAAGAACAUUCUGGGUUAAGGUAACACAAGCACAAUAUUUUGAAUCAGCUAUUAGACUUUUGCAGAGAGAUCAUCAGUUACCAAGAAGUCAUCAGCUAGCUAAGCUAACACCAACGCUAGAUGACCAAGUCAUCAUGAGACUAGGAGGUCGUCUGAAGAACGCUCAACUCAGUUCAGACGAAAUACAUCCAAUAAUCCUACCCAGACAGUCAAGGUUCACCACAUUGGUCAUUGCCGAAGCUCACCAGAGAACCCAACAUGGAGGUACCCAACUGACUCUAGCCUAUACGAGACAAAGAUAUUGGAUCGUAGGAGGCAGAGGCACUGUCAGAGCAUACAUCUUACGCUGCGCCAUCUGCACCCGUCAUCGAGGAAGACAAGCUCAAUAG